UUUCACACCACCCAACCCAACCCUCCUCUUCUAUAAAAUAAAAACACCAUACGAUCUCCUCCAAACAUCAAAACUCAACCCACAUUUCCAUUUACAAAAGCAAUGUCUCUUCUCUUCAAGGUUGUUUGCCUCGUGGCCUUGCUCCUCGCAGCCGCAGGCCUCGGGACCGAGGGCGCAGGUGGCGCGUGCGGCAAACUGUCCCCGGACAAAGUGGCCGUGCAGCUGGCGCCCUGUGCACUCCCGGGGCGCGACCCAAAGGCCGUGGUGUCGAGCAGCUGCUGCCUCCAAGUGAAGAGGAUUGGGAGGAAUCCUAAAUGCCUCUGUGCCGUUCUACUCUCGGCCACGGCCAAGGCAUCUGGCGUCAAGCCCGCCGUGGCCAUCACCAUCCCGAAACGCUGCCGUAUUGCUAACCGCCCCGUGGGCUUCAAGUGUGGACCUUACAGCUUGCCUUGAAAGGGAGUCGAUAACUGCAUAAUCGGAUCAUUAUGCAUAACUACGAGUUUGUUACUUGUGUAAUUGCUACUUUGUGUUACUAAUAUAACAAAUAAUUGAACUCCCUCUUUCAUUA